AACUGCUGCUGCACUGCGAAGGCUUCGUGCGUGAAACGCGAUCUCGUUCGUUCGGUUUAUCGGAGUGUUGUGUGACCAAAAAUAUCAUCAUUUUUGCUGGAAAUCGCCUACCAUCCGUCCUCUUGCCGCGUGUGUCGGAAAUGAUACGAAACGGGUAAUUCGAUUCCACCGCGGAAGUGACCAAACCGUGCCGUUUCAGUCGUGAAAAUUUCGAUUCGAGUUGGUUCGAUUUCUCCCAUCGAGGUGGUGCGGGGAAAAAUAAAAUUCCGACCCGACCCGACCGCCAGUGUGACAGCUGAACGAUUUUGUUUGGUGCGUUGGUGUUCGUGUUGCGUGUGAUUCGCGCAGUGCGGUAGUGUGCGUGCGAGACCGCCAGGUGCGCGCUUUUGACAGUCCGAGCACGGCCCAGCAACAACAAUAAACCUCCUGAUCGCCUGUCAUCUGCUUCGUUUUGGAUUUUGGAUUGUUGUGACUCGCGGGUUGCAAAAGGAAAAAAAGUGAACUAUUUUUCAUCUGCAGCUGGAAAUUCGGGCUAGUGCGUGUCCCAUCACAAGGUGGUCACAAUUUCGAAACAUAAGCUAGAACCGUACGGCGGUGGAGGUGGCGGAAGUAGCGGUGGUCGUGAUCUCUCCGGGAAGCGACUGAUACUGUGGAACGUAGAAGCAGCAAUUGGAGGAACGGGAGGUAAAUCGAAAGCGGAAGAAGAAGCAUCGCCGCCCCUGGCAAGCGCCAUGAAUAUGACCGAGAACGAUCGCAAGCGGGCAAAUUUCUCGGCGCUCAGCAACACGAACGGGGCGGUCAUCAAGAUGACCACCAAUGCCGGAACGGGAAAGCCCGGCGACAUCAAGAAGAUCGUCAUCAAAAACUUCAGAGCCAAGCCAACCCUGCCGGAGAACUACCAGGAGCACACAUGGCAGAAACUGCGGGCGGCCGUCGUGGCCAUCCAGACGUCCACACCAAUCGAAUACUCGCUGGAGGAACUGUACCAAGCCGUGGAAAACAUGUGCAGCCACAAGAUGGACUCGCAGCUCUACGUGAAUCUGACGGCCCUGGCCGAGCAGCACGUCAAGGCCAACAUUACACCGUUUCUGGCCGAGUCGGUUGACAAGUUGGUUUACCUGAAGAAGAUGAACGAAUGCUGGCAGUCGCACUGCCAGCAGAUGAUCAUGAUCCGGAGUAUAUUCCUGUAUCUGGACCGGACGUAUGUGCUGACGAAUCCGACGGUUCACUCUAUUUGGGACAUGGGUUUGGAGCUGUUCCGGGAUCACAUAGCAAUGAAUACUCUGGUCCAGGCCAGGACAGUAGAGGGCAUCCUGAUUUUGAUAGAAAAGGAGCGGAACGGAGAUACGGUGGACAGAACUUUGCUGAAAAGCCUGCUGCGGAUGUUGUCCGAUUUGCAGAUCUACAAGGAAGCAUUUGAACAGAAGUUCCUUGUCGCAACGAAGCACCUCUAUCAGUCGGAAGGGCAAGCCAAGAUGGAAGAGCUCGAAGUUCCGGAAUAUCUACAGCAUGUGGAGAAGCGACUGCAAGAAGAGAACGAACGUCUUAUUCACUACCUGGACAGCUGUACAAAGCACCAGUUGAUUGUAACAGUGGAACGACAACUAAUCACCGAGCACAUAACUGGAAUUCUGCAGAAAGGCUUGGAGCAGCUUUUGGAAGAGAACCGUUUGUCCGAUCUCAGUCUGUUGUAUUCUUUGUUCUCCCGAGUUAAAAACGGAACCAUUGAACUAUGUGCGUCCUUCAACGCCUACAUCAAGAAGAAGGGCCGCACGAUCGUCAUCGAUCCGGAGAAGGACAAAUCCAUGGUGCAGGACCUGCUGGACUUCAAGGACAAGCUGGACCAUAUCGUGGUCACGUGCUUCGAGAAAAACGACAAAUUCUCCAACUCCCUUCGGGAAGCGUUCGAGUACUUCGUGAACCAGCGCUCGAACAAACCGGCGGAGCUGAUUGCCAAGUACGUGGACAUGAAGCUUCGGGCCGGCAACAAGGAAGCCACCGAGGAGGAGCUGGAGCAGAUCCUCGACAAAAUCAUGGUCCAGUUCCGGUUUAUUCACGGUAAGGACGUGUUCGAGGCGUUCUACAAGAAAGACUUGGCCAAACGGUUACUGGUGGGCAAGUCUGCUUCCGUGGACGCCGAGAAGAGUAUGCUGUCCAAGCUGAAGCAGGAGUGCGGCGGAGGGUUCACAUCCAAGCUCGAGGGCAUGUUCAAGGAUAUGGAACUGAGUAGGGACAUUAACAUUGCAUUUAAGCAGCAUAUGGGCAACUCGGAGAACAAGGACUUGCAGAGCAUCGAUCUGACGGUUAACAUUCUGACGAUGGGCUUCUGGCCGACGUACCCGGUGGUGGAGGUCACACUGCCCCCGGAGCUGCUCCAGUACCAGUCGGUGUUCAACAAGUUCUACCUGGCAAAACACAGCGGGCGCAAGCUCCAGUGGCAACCGACGCUGGGACACUGCGUACUGAAAGCACGGUUCGAUGCGGGACCCAAAGAUCUGCAGGUAUCAUUGUUCCAAGCGCUAGUUCUGCUACUCUUCAACUACAAUCCCACGAUAUCGUUCGAGGACAUUAAGGCGCAAAUAAACAUAGAAGACGGUGAAAUGCGUCGCACACUUCAGUCGCUAGCCUGCGGCAAGGCGCGCGUUCUCACAAAGAUUCCCAAAGGCCGCGAAGUCGAGGACAACGACAAGUUCCAGUUCAACAACGAGUUCACGAAUAAGCUCUUUAGGAUUAAAAUCAAUCAGAUCCAGAUGAAGGAAACGACGGAGGAACAGAAAGCCACGGAGGAACGCGUCUACCAGGACCGACAGUACCAGAUCGACGCAGCGAUCGUACGCAUCAUGAAGAUGAGGAAAACGCUCAGCCACAACCUACUCAUCAGCGAGCUGUACAAACAGCUGACCUUCCCAGUUAAGCCGGCCGACCUGAAAAAGCGAAUCGAAUCGCUGAUCGAUCGUGACUACAUGGAGCGGGACAAGGAUAACCAAAACCAAUACAACUACGUUGCUUAAGUCUCCUAGAACCUUGUUUCCUUUGAAUGCAAGUCCCCUCCCACUUUGCAGCUUUUUCCUCAGAAGCGACACAACCCGACAAAGACGUACUGACGAACCUCCUUCAUCCAUUCAGUGAACGUGUUUGUUGUACACGUGCUUGGAACUCGUGGAAGGUGUGUUGAAACACUAAAACAAAAAUAUAAAAAGUCUUUUGUAAAUACCUACUUUGAAACUUAAAACAACAGAAAUAUGUUUGCCCUAGCGUUAACGACAGAAGUUGGAUAGGAAAAGGUGAUGAUAAGAUCAGUAAGGUUCCAGCAACAACGUGUAUUCUAAUAUAACCGCCGUCACUAUUUGAAAAUUUUUCAAAAUAAAUCGAAAUUAAAAAAAAACCUGGAAAACUUGAACAUGCUGUAAUGGAAAAAAAAACGAACCUUUGCCGAAAGGAUGAAAAUCAAUAAAAAUGGGAAAAGUA